UCGCUGCAUUGCUCGCAACGAGCUUGGAUCGGUCUCCGCCUCGGCUGUACUGGGAGUACUGGGAGCAGGUCCUUUUCAUGAGUCGGAAGCAGAAGUUCUGCAACAGAAGUCUGGCUGCAGUGUUCCUCCCCGCCGGCAGGUGGCGACAGAGCCGUUCCCGGAGAACCGGAUGCUUCUCGUUAGCAGAGUUAGCCUGGAGGUCGGAGAGGUCAGAGGUCAUCAUGGUCAGACAAACCAGGAGGACGGACAGGUGUUUCCUUCCUGCAGCGGGAGGUGGCGUAGCGAAGGUUCGAUUCCCUGCUGGUCCUCCAGCUCAGCAGGCACCAAGAAGCUGCAACGCCCAGCCCAAAGGCAGUCCCGCCGCCGCGAGGGAGAAGCGAGCAGCCUAUGGGAGGAGCCAGGGAGGUCAGGGGUCGGAUGGAGGUUCAGGAGAUGUUCAGAUGAAAAGAAUGCGACAAAAUGGAACUGAAGCGACUGCAGCUCUGGCCAAUAGGAACAAAGCCCCUGGGUCAUGUGACCCAGCAGGAGGUGGUUCUGGUUCUGAGCAGCAGGGGUCAGCAGAGGACAGCCGAGCAGCUCAGCUGCAGAGCGUGGCCUCCCUGAGGGUCACCAUCCAGCAGAGCAGCAACAGCCGAGAGUUCGGUCCGGCUGACAGGAACUCCACUGGCCUCCACUGUCAUGUCUGCAGCCUCACCUGUCGCUCCCUGCAGGUGUUUCAGGAGCACAUGUCAGGGCAAGAACACCUGAGGAAGCUGCAGGACAUCACACAGAGCAUCCAGCUGAACGCCAGCCCCCUGCUGGACAGGGGGCGCCAGACACGGGGACAGCGCUGGUGUGACAUCUGCCAGGUCCACUUCAGUGGUGACAUCAUCGUCCACAGACGGACGGAGCAACACAAGGUGUGUAAGCAGCAGGGGCGGCCCUUCUGUGCGGUCUGUCAGAGACACUUCAGGACGCCCAGGAAGUUUGUGGAACACAUAAAGUCUGUGGAGCAUAAGGAGCAGGUGAGCAGGGGGCAGCAGCUGAUGCAGGUGCAGCUGGGGGACGAGGAGGACGAGGAGCUCAUCACUGUGGACGCUGUAGGCUGCUUCAAGGAAGAGGAGGAGGAAGUAGAGGUGGUAGAUGAGGAUGAACAGACGACACCAUGUGAGGUUCAGAGGUCAGAGACUGUUGAUGCCAAAGAGUCGGAGGAAGAAGACGAGUUUGAUCCCCAGCUGACUUAUGGAAGCAGCUUCGUGGUUCCGGUUCGCGGCUUCGUCUGUCGACUCUGCAACAAAUUCUUCUACAGAGAGACGGCAGCGAGACACACACACUGCAGGACGCACACACACUUCCUCAACCUGCAGAACCACAGAGCUCAGACACGGAGGACAGAGGAGGAUGAAGACAGGUCUGCCCUGACCUCAUAAUUCCAUUUCCCAGAAUGCAUCAGGGAAUCGUGGCGAUGUCAUGAUGUUCUGAAAACUCGUGGUCGCCACCUGGUGGCCACUCCAGGCACAACAGCUGUGUCCCUUAAAGGAACAGAGCGCUGACUGAACACUGGGCAGGAAUGGAGCUCCAUAGCUUCAGUUUAUACAGCAGCAACAUCAGCAGGUCAGAGGUCAGAAGAGAGGCCAGCAGCUGCUUCUACUGGUUCUACUGGUUUUCCUUAUAUCCCACUAAGAGGAGACUGGUUUUCAGACCUGGUUCUGGUCCGUCUGAAGGACCAGAACCUGAUUGCUUCGGAUCCUUUAAAACAGGGGUGGGCGGUCCGGGUCCUCGAGGGUCAGUGACCUGCAACUCUUAGACGUCUCCCUGGUCCAACAGCUGAAUCACCUCCUCAGUGCAGUCCGGUUCUCCUGCAUGACCUCAUCAUUUGACUCAGGUGUGUUGAAGUCCAAACACAUGUAAAGGUUGCAGGAAGUUUCCCAGCUCUGCUUUAGAAUAAUGAUCAGAACUUAUUGAGAUCAAAUUCAACAUCUCCAGGAGUCAGUUUUACAAUAGAAGCUGCUACCUUCAGGUGGGAGUUAGCAUUACAGCACUAAUUGAUUUUCCAUAAAUUUCUAAGAAAAUCAGCAGGAAGUGAUGGACAAACUGAUUUGAUCAAUAAAAUAACAUUUAAAGGUUUGUGCGUCCAGAGGGCCGCAGUGAGGAGCUACGGUGGUCCGGAUUUGGCCCCCGGACCUUGAGUUCGACACUUGUUCUGGAUAAUAAUUUUUGUUAAUGUAACGGAUAGUAAAUUAUUUAAAGUUGUAAAUUAUGUAACGUGAAUUUUGUAAAUAAUUUGAAAUGAAUUUGCAGAUUUAUGUUUGUUCUGAUGAAUGCUGCUGGUUGUUUAGUUUAAAGGUGUUUUAACUUUGUAAUGUUUGUUUUGUUUUGUACCUGGUGGGCUGCUGUAGCCAAUAGGGGCAGGGCUUACAGAGGCCUUCAGGUGCAUCAUGGGAAAAAGACAGACGCCCAGCCUGGUUUGUCUGUUUGCGCCUUAAAGCUCAUUUGUGUUUUAAUGUUUGUGUUUUGUUGGCAUAGUGAUGAUGAUCCAGAUAAAAAAGUCGCCUGUGUUACUGGAUGAAUGAAUGAAUGAAUGAUGUUAAAGUUCUUAUUUUGAAAUUAAAGAUACAUUUUGUGUGAAAAGUGA